AUGCUUUCUGGCCGAGAUAUCCCGAUGGACAUUCUUCCCUUCAUUGUCGGUCACUUGGAUGACCGCAGGGAUCUCUUUAAUGCAACUCUAGUGAACAAGUCGUUUUAUCAAGCGACGAUUCCUCUUCUUUAUGAAGAGCUGGAUUCACGCUUGAUCAGCUCAAGCAAGGGCCUCGUUGUUCUUCAUCCAGCAGAGACUUUGUUACAAAAACCAGAGCUGGCAAAGUACGUUCGCAUAGUAAAUGAGAGCGGACACGUUCACGGAGCUCCACAAACGCGAGCGCAGAACAUUCACAUUCUUUCCCUAUGGGCAUUGCGUCUUUGUACGUCUCUUCGAACCUUCUCAUGGGUAGACGACAACUUCCUCCCGGACGAAAUAUUUCUUGGGAUUCUUGACGUGCUAAGAACUCUUCCUCUCACUGAACUCACGAUUCGUACAUUCAAAAAUUUGGGUAAUCCCGUCUGGGAAGUGUUGCAUCAGAUUAAAGGUCUAAAAAGUGUUUCCAUAUUAUGUAUGGAAGGACCACCUCGGAUUCUCCAAGGUUGGUCAGAAACACUUAGCCUGACGCUAACUCACCUCGAACUUGGUCGUUGUUCCGGAGUCCCACCUACACUUCUGCUGAAUGUGUUUUCUCAUCUACAGAUGCUCACGCACCUCCGAAUCAAAGGCGCACAUACUCCUUCCCUUCCUUACUUCAUCCAGGCUCUUCCACGUCUGCGAGCACUGGACACGGACUACACAGGUUCCGGAGCAAUAAGACCAUAUCACGGCCAGCUCCGUAUGCCAUCACUUGAGAUUCUGUGCUUAAAAGCUGGGAGCGUCGAUGCAGGCGGUCCUCCAGGACUAUGGUCAUGCGCACGGACAUUAUUAUCUACUAAAAGCAGUUCUCUUCGCGAGUUCCGUCUAAAUACCUUUUCGAUUCUGGGAGAAACGCGAAUCCCACGACCUUUCUUACUAUUUAUGGCGGAAAUGCAUGGAAGGACAUUGGCACGUUUUUUAGUGGGAACGACACUGUUAUUGCUUGACGAUGUUGCUUGUGUGUGCGACAUGCUUCCAAAGUUGGAAGAGCUUUCUUGUACAAUACCAAAUGUAGACCCUCAAGAGAUCCAAAAUGCCACAGCACAUGCUUAUAACCUUCGAGUACUUCGUCUCAACACACCGAUGUUCACAGGUUCCACGUUCCGAUCGUCGUUCCCGCCAAGCAGAAGAGACUGUAGAGAUGGUCCUACGUUAUCGACCAUGAAUAUCAACCCGGCGAACUUCGAUCCGCUAGAUAUUGGGAAACGGACUUGUCGACAUUCAUUUUCUAUUGAAGAUGCACGAUAUAUGAUGCUCCGCCAGCGAUCGCGACUACGGCAAAUCACCGUUGGGCCAUUAUCGUUCGGGGGCCAGUGGGUGUACGAUAACAGCGCUCCUGAAAAUGUGCGUUUUGAAGUCGUGCAAGUGCAUAUCGAUAAUGCACGUGGAGAAGCGUAGAGUUAUAAGUCAUAUAAUAGUUGUUGUUCAACACGACAUACGUUCUCGUCGAUACCAUGUGACGCGGAAUAGUUAGAUUCUAAAUUAUUGCACGGAGACCAUGUUGGUGCACACCCAUGCAAGGCGUAUAACACGACUACUGGUAAACUCAGACAAACCAUUGUGUUCAUCGAGUUCCACUUACUACUGGCCCGCUCGUCCAACCAGAAUCAGAGGGUGAAGCAAAUUUCGUCGCCUUUAACGUCCCUCCGGUAAGGAUCCAAGCUCUCGCCAGCGCUCUUCGGAACUCAUCAAGAUGCGGGUUCUCUGGGUACUCAGUAUUAUAUGUCGGAUUGAUAUCCACAACGACCUCUUCAAGAUCCUUCGACUUGACCAACUCCUUCAGAGUUUCGCUCUCAUAAGCAUCGUCAACUGUCGCACCAAGUACACGCGCGGCAUUCAGGGAUAAUACAAAGCGCCCGCGAACUCCGUCAAUCUCAAGGAGCAUUUCCGAGGGAUCUCGACCCGGGUAGAGUGAGCAACCGCGCAUGAGGAAACGUUUUGUUCGACCAGAACCUGUCUCGAGCACCAGCACGUUGGUCGUAUGAUUUGCAGCAGAAGCCGAAGGCGCAGAUUUCGCCCUUGCAAGUCCUGGAGGAUGAAGAUGAGGGCUUAUUGGAACAAGCCGGACACGUAAACGCCAGACCGUCCUGUCACGCGAGGCGAGUAUCAGUGCUCCUGCUGCUGCGCCAACGCCGAUUUCGAAUGUAGAGAGCGCAAGACGUUGCCAUAACGGCCGCAGUUCGUAUUUCUUUGAGGUUUGUGAGGACGAGGAUGGCUGGUCUUGCGGAGAACCUGACGUCUGUGGCUCUUCUACAAGUUGAGUCCAAUUUCGCAUAACCAUGUCAACGCUAAACCCGAUGAACAGUACAUCCAGAGCCAACAAUAAAUACACCCAACGCGCCCAGAAAGCAGGUUUCCCGUCAAACAGCGGCGGCUCAUCGCCUAACUGUCGCGACCCCAAGACCACAUCAGACGCGGACGCUGGCUUCGUCUGAGCUCGACUGCUUUUUUCUCUUCGAGUGAUCAAGGUCAGAAUACGGGUUGGAAAUGAGCAGGUUUGAUGCCGAAUAUUUAAUGACCGCGAAUUGUGAAGGAAAGGACCUGGAGAGCAUGACGGGGUCGCGUAGCUUCGUUUGCACGUUGACUGUCGGAGGAAAAAGCCAGUGCGCUGCUCGAGCUGGAUAAGUGUCCUCGAGCUUGAAGCAUGGGCAAUGAAACUUGAAGGGAACAGCAGCCUGUUCAUCUUGCACCUUUUGUUCGCGAGUGUAUAGUGUCGG